AUAAUUGACUCGUUUCUCGGCUUGCGUUUACCUGACUGCAAAGGAUUAAAGUAGAAAACCACGAAGCAGUACUCUCCUUAAUUAACGGCUUUUAAAUUUGGUCCGUGGCUCGUACAUGUGUGUCCCGUAUACCUGUGUGUGUGUGUGUGGGGAGUUGUAGGGCCACGGUGCUGAAAUGUGAAGAGAUAGAAAAGGGAGGUGGCGAUAACUGCGUAUCAAAACUCCACAGAGGAAGAAAAGGGAAGGAUGAGGAGUUGGUCCGCGUCAAUGGACAGGAAUAGAGAUGGCCAGAGAAGGCGUUCUAAUGCUACUGCUGGUUUGGAUGGUUAUUCUUUUCCACCGCAGCAUUCUGAUGCUGAUGCUGAUGCUGCUGCUGCUUCAUCCCCUGACAGAGGCAGACGGUCUUUUCAGGGACUGGGAGUGAGGGAAAUGCCUUCUGGGAGAAGGCGUUCUGAUGCUAAUGCUGGUUUGGAUGGUUAUCCUUUUCCACCACAGCAUUCAGAUGCAGCUGCAACUGCUGCUCCAUCCGGUGGCAGACGCCGACAGGGACUGGAAGCGAGGGAAAUGGCUUAUGGGAGAAGGCGUUCUCAUGCUGACACUGGUUUGGAUGGUUAUGAUUUCCCGGCACAACAUUUUGAUGCUGCUGCAGCUGCAGCUAUUGCUUCAUCCCCUGACAGAGGCAGACUGUCUUUUCAGGGACUGGAAGCAAGGGAAAUGCCUUCUGCG